AGAAUGACAAUGACAUGCGUUUUGUUGAUGUGAAGUGUGAUGAAUUUGCUUUGAUCCACACUGUCAAGACCAAGGCCGACUCCACUACAGUGGUCAGCAAACUCUAUGGCCGAAUACCCAACCUGAGCCAGGUUGUCUUGGACAAGUUCACUGCGUUUUCUCGGAAGCAAGGCAUUCUGCCGGAGAACAUCUUCAUCCUGUCUGAAAGUGCAAAGCUAAUGAAUGGUGGCUUUACCUCAGUGAGGCCUGUCACUCCAGAGGUGACAAACAUCUGCCUUAAGGUGAAGUCAGACAUAGAGGAGAAGGCUGGAACCAAUUUUGAGGUUUACACACCUUUAAGCUUUGCUUCUCAGAUUGUGGCAGGGACAAACUAUGUGGUGAAGGUGAACGUCGGAGGAGAUGCGUGUGUUCAUGCGAUGAUAUUUGAAGCUCUCCCCGUCUAUGGAGGGAAACUGACUGUGACUAGAGUCCAGUACCCUAAAUCCCUCUGUGACCCUCUGAUCCGCUUCUGAACACGUCUAACCACAUAUAAAAUAGUCUGUCUUAUCUAAUAACAGACACAAUGAGAUUUCAUUCCUCAAUAUUAAACUCAAUAUUCAAACCCUCA